AUGGCAGAGAUUGAACAAGGGGUCAAUAUGUUCCCAAAUGGUGUCCCUUGGCUCUAUGUGGUGUUUGUCAUACUCCACGUAUUUUUCCUUUUUGUCAUGUUCUCACCUGUUUUGCUCGAGAUAGAACAGCACAUCAAGAAAUUCUUUCUCAGAUUCCCAUGUCCUCUGUGUGAUGCUUCGCACAAGCGUAAAGACAAUAUUAAGAUGAAGAUGAACCAUCUGGGAGGGGCAAGAUGUCUUCUUCAGGCCCCCGGGAAAGAAGCUCCAAGGAGAGAAUCAGCUGGUGGGAGAGAAGACAGCUCAGUUCUGGUGAAAAUAGUAGGAGACAGGACCCAGGAAGUCUGCCCAAUGACACCAGUUUGAGGUGACCACAUCUGUGAGGUGUCUUGACGUCCCUGUCACAGAAAAAUGCUUCUAGCAUCCUCAUUUGUACUUAAGAGAAUGUGAUAAUAAAGAUUUUGAGCAUCUUAGAAA